CCCUGUACUUUACUCUCCAGUCUAUAUUUGUUAAAUAUGCUCCCAUUGAUGUGGAUGCCAGUUAAACAGUUUGCUCCUAGACUUAUCAUUCUACACCCCAAUUUUUCACCACUUGGUGCUGUCAUGAUGAGAGUUUACGAUCCACCAGAGAGUGCUGCUACGGCUGCUGCUGUGUAAGGCAGGGAGAUGGAGUGAGUGUAGGGGAGGGGCUAUGGACCAGAGGCACAGGGAACAAGGCACACACGUAGGUUAUCCCUGGGAAUGAAUAGGGAGAAGCUUUGGAAGAGAGAGUCAGGGAGGCAAAACCCAUAGAUUUCUUUUUUAUUCAUGAGACUUGAAAAUACAGAAGCUUGCUGAGUUCACCUAGAGCUUAAGAGAGAAUCCCGAGUACUAAAACUAGCAGACACAUAGAGGAACGCUGCUUCAUCUGCAUCCUUCACUUCUUCAAAGCUGCCUGGAGCAGUAUUUUCUAAGGCUAUUUUCUCAUAAAUGGUGAUGGAAUCUCCAGUACAGAUUUUUCGAGAGGAAGAAGAGGUUAUACUAGACAGAGCUCCAGUGGGCAAUACCUGCUCUUCCAGCUGUGCACCUGCAUGUCCUUCAACUUGCUUUCCCAACACAAGCUGGCUGCUAGGCUGGGAUGAUCAUGAAAAUGUCAGUGUGUACCCUGAUUUACCACUAAAUGAAGGCAAUCACACGAGUAUCUCACCAACAAUUUCAGUAAUAAUUACUGCUGUCUACUCCAUGGUUUUUGUGGUUGGCUUAGUGGGAAAUGCCCUAGUGAUGUUUGUAAUUAUCAGGUAUACCAAAAUGAAGACUGCUACCAACAUUUAUAUUUUUAACCUGGCACUAGCCGAUGCUCUAGUUACCACUACAAUGCCCUUUCAAAGCACUUCAUUCUUAAUGAAUUCUUGGCCUUUUGGAGAUGUGCUCUGUAAAAUUGUGGUUUCUAUUGACUACUAUAAUAUGUUUACCAGCAUAUUCACCUUAACCAUGAUGAGUGUUGAUAGAUAUAUUGCAGUGUGCCAUCCUGUAAAGGCCCUGGAUUUCCGUACACCUCUAAAAGCAAAAUGUAUCAAUAUAUGCAUUUGGAUGUUAUCAUCCUCUGUUGGCAUAUCUGCUAUCGUACUUGGAGGGACAAAAAUUAGUGAUGGUUCAACUGAAUGCGCCCUACAGUUUCCGACUCACUACUGGUAUUGGGACACUGUGAUGAAAAUGUGUGUAUUCAUCUUUGCAUUCAUAAUCCCAGUAUUUAUCAUAACCAUCUGUUAUACUUUGAUGAUCCAUCGGCUAAAAAGUGUCCGCCUUCUUUCUGGGUCACGGGAAAAGGAUAGAAAUCUCCGUCGUAUUACAAGACUAGUGCUUGUCGUGGUGGCUGUGUUUAUUGUAUGCUGGACCCCAAUUCAUAUUUUUGUUCUGGUAGAAGCACUAGUGGAUGUACCCCAAAGCAUUGCUGUCGUGUCUAUUUAUUAUUUUUGUAUUGCACUGGGGUACACAAACAGCAGCCUAAACCCUAUUCUUUAUGCGUUUUUGGAUGAGAAUUUUAAAAGAUGCUUCAAAGACUUUUGCUUUCCUUCAAAGCACAGACUGGAUCGUCAAGGAAACAGCAGGGUUGUGAACACUGUGCAAGACCCAGCCUGCAACAGGGGCGGUUCUCAAAAGCCCGUAUGACUAGCAGUGGAAAUGACGUCAUUAACGCCACACGGAAGAGAACCAAAUGAACUGGCAUUAACUCAGAUUACUUCUGCUGUAUAAAUGCUGUGUAUAUAAACUGCCAUAUAUAACUCCUGCUGUAAAUAGCCAUGUAUAUACAAUAUAUAAUUUGUCCCAUAUUGUACAGUAUUUUUACCUUGGGCAAAUAUGUUACUUUUUUUUAAUGGAAUAGAUCAACCAGUAAGGGUAUGAUAUCACAGGCAGAAAUAAAAUGCUCAUCUCUGUCAAAUAAAUACUGUAAAAUCCUAUAUUCCUUAUAUGUAUUUUUGGCUAAUUAAGCCCCUAGAAUUAGCAGAAACACUGAAAAAGUCUUUGGAUCUUUUUUAAAGCUCAGUCUGGAAAAAUACAAAGCAAAUAUAAGGAUUGCACACUCAGUCUAUGUAAAAAGUCAAAAAAUGUAUUGUAUCAAAAACUUACAGUACAUAUUAGCAAACAGCCCUACGCAUUUCAAACACAUUUGUGGUCUUCAUCAGGGGCAGAAUACACAUCAAAUACAAAAAAAAGAUAAAAAGGGCCCUUUCAGUGAAUAUAUUCUGGUUUUAUAUGAAUGUAAGACACUAUUGAUCAACAAUAUG